AUGGGUUUUCGCUUCCCUGGUAUCAUCAGAAGCACAUCAUUUUCUGCAAAACGAGGAGUUUCAAAAGGUGUAGAGGUGCCAAAGGCAUAUGUUGCUGUGUAUGUUGGAGAGAAACUAAAGCGAUUUGUGAUCCCAGUAUCAUACUUGAAUCAACCGUCGUUUCAAGUUUUGUUGAGUCAAGCCGAGGAAGAGUUUGGAUACGAUCAUCCGAUGGGUGGCCUCACCAUUCCAUGCACAGAAGAUAUGACGCUUAAUCCUGGAGGUGCGAAAUUUGAAGUGACUCAUUUCAACGGAACAAGAAAAUUCAGUUUAUGGCAAAUGAGAGUUAAUGGUUUGUUGGCUAAGCAAGAUUUACAGAAGGAGAUUUGUGAUGAGAAAUCGACGUACAUCGCAACCAUUUAUUGGAAUAAGAUGAAGGAGAAGGCCGCAGGUUUAAUAAGACAUUGCAUUUCUGAUGAUGCAAUGAAUCAUAUCAUGAACCUCACAACUCCGAAGGAUAUCUAG